AUGUCGCGCACGCCGUCCUCGGCCCACGAGAAAAUUCUGCCGGUAGUGGUCGACCAUCUGGCCAAGCUCCCCCAUCUAUUCGAUGCCACAUUCCUAGUGGAAGGCAUGACCUGCAGCUCCUGUGUAGGUGCCAUCACGAGAGCUCUGAAAGAAAAUGCAUGGGUUCGAUCUGCCGACGUCAGCCUCAUCAGCCACAGUGCCGAGGUGGUGUUUGAGGGAGGUGAACCCGAAUCGCGUGCCAAGGAACUCAUAGACAUGAUCGAAGCGGUGGGAUAUGGUGCCUCAGUCGAUCGGUUGCAACCCCACAAUGCAAAGAAGCCAGAGAUGCACAACGCCCCUGCUGAUGCUUGGCAAGCGACCUAUAACCUCGAUGGUAUGACCUGCAGUUCGUGUGUGGGUCACAUCACGCGGGCUGUCCAGGCACUUGAUUUCAUCAACAAGGUGGAGAUCAGCCUUCUCAGCCAUACAGCGUCCGUCACUUUCGUGGGCAGAGACAAUGUCAGCGCAAUCUCCCAGGCCAUCGAAGACGCAAAUUAUGGCGCAGCCUUAGAUUCAAUAUCCCCCGUUCGUUCGUCUUCAGGAGAAGACUCUCUACGUACAGUAUCGAUCCGUAUCAACGGACUGCACUGCGAGCAGUGCCCAAAGCGCAUCGAAGAUGCCAUCAGCGAGCUGGAGUGGGUGACUCUCGGGACCCCACCAUCUUUAAGUGAUCCCGUCCUGACCAUAUCAUACAUUCCGGACGCGCCUCGAAAUACCAUAAGGGGCAUCUUAUCUGCCCUCACAAACGCGGAUCCUUCUUUCGAAGCCCAUACAUAUCAUCCUCCUUCGCUGGAAGAACGGUCGAGGCAAAUGAUGGCGAGUGAACAAAGGCACAUUUUGUACCGUGUGGUCAUGUCAAUCAUUGUGGCAAUUCCAGCCUUGAUCAUUGGCAUUGUCUACAUGAAUCUCGUUCCUUCGGAUGAUCCUGGAUACAAGUAUCUCAUGGCUCGAAUUGGGGGAGUCUCACGGGCUGAGUGGGCUAACUUUAUCAUGGCCACACCGGUCUAUUUCUUCGCCGCGGACUUGUUUCACCGACGCACCAUCAAGGAACUGCGCGCCUUGUGGCGUCCCGGGAGCAAAGUACCAAUUUCACGGCGAUUUUAUCGCUUCGGAAGCAUGAAUAUGUUGAUCAGCUUCGGCACGUCUAUUGCCUACUUUGCCUCGAUUGCGGAGUUGAUCAUCGCCUCGACCCGAGAUGAAGAUGCCCAUAUGAUGGACGCUGGUACUCCCAAGUCAUACUUCGACUCUGUUGUCUUCUUGACCAUGUUUCUUCUCAUUGGCCGCCUGAUAGAAGCUUACAUGAAGGCAAAAGCUGGUAAUGCCGUUGCCGCACUCUCUAAACUCAAGUCGACAGAAGCGCUGCUGGUGUCGGUUGACAGUGUAACAGGCAAUACUACGACGACCAAGACUCCGGCGGAUCUUAUCGAAGUGGGUGACAUCGUCCGAAUUCCUAACGGUAGCUCACCUCCCUAUGACGGCAACGUUAUAGUAGGGGAGUCCGAUUUCGAUGAGUCCGUCCUCACUGGAGAGUCUAUGCCGGUAACAAAGUCUAUCGGUGACACUGUGUAUUCUGGCACGGUCAACAAAGUCUCCCCGAUAUCUAUCCGCGUCACCGGCGCCGCUGGGAAGUCAGUGUUGGAUUCCAUCAUCAACGUGGUACGCGAAGGUUUAGCUAAACGGGCCCCGGUGGAACGGUUUGCUGACCUCAUCACGGGAUACUUUGUCCCCAUCGUCGUCCUGCUUGCCAUUUUCACUUGGCUGAUUUGGAUGACAUUGGGCGAGGCUGGAGUCUUGCCUCCGGACUACCGAGAUUCCGAAGUGGGAGGCUGGCCAUUCUGGUCACUUCAAUUUGCGAUCGCUGUUUUCGUGAUUGCGUGCCCCUGUGGUCUUGGUUUGGCCGCCCCCACGGCGCUGUUUGUCGGAGGCGGAUUGGCCGCAAAGUACGGCAUCCUGGUCAAAGGGGGCGGAGAGGCUUUCCAGGAGGCCAGCACGUUGGAUUGCAUUGUCUUCGAUAAAACUGGCACGCUGACCGAAGGUGGGGAGCCCAAAGUCAUCAACUACGAAAACCUUACGUCCCCUGAAGCUCCGGUCAACGAGCGAGAAACUCUGGGUCUACUGAAAAGUCUCGAGGAGGAUAGCAUUCACCCGGUUGCGAAGGCCGCCGUCAGUUUCGCCGCUUCACGACCAUACGAAGACUGCAAAGCUGAAUCCGUCAAGGAAGUUGCUGGAAAGGGAAUGAAGGGAGUUCUUCUAGUUGGAUCUCAGCCCACGCGGAAGAUUCACGCAUUGGUUGGAAACGAGGCCUUGAUGGCAGAGAACAAUGUUGUUGUAUCUGUCGAGAAUCAAACGCUCCUUGACGCGUGGAAGAUGGAAGGAAAGUCAGUCAUCUUGAUCGCCGCCAAGGAAGUCUCACUCGGGCAAAAAGCUCAACAAGCACAUGAGCUGUCUGCCAUUGCCGCAAUCGCAGACAAACUUCGCCCGGAAUCUUUCCAGGUCGUCAACGCGCUUCGCAAACGAGGAAUCGACGUGUGGAUGCUUUCUGGCGACAAUGAAAAGACGGCCAAGGCAGUGGCUGGCAAAGUCGGUAUCGAGGCGGGCAAUGUCAUUGCUGGCGUUCUACCGGACCAGAAAGCUGACCAAAUCAAAUAUCUUCAGAAACGAGGGGUCGAGGUUCCCUCGCGCGGUCUAUUCAGGUAUCUUAAACAAGAGAAGAGUCGUGCCACGGUCGCGAUGGUGGGUGACGGAAUCAACGACUCUCCUGCGCUGACCGUGGCUGAUGUGGGCAUCGCCAUUGGAUCUGGCUCUGAAGUGGCAAUUUCAUCCGCCGGUUUUGUCCUGGUCUCGUCGAGCCUGAGGUCAUUGCCAGUCUUGAUCGACUUGAGCCGAGCAGUGUUCAGGCGGAUCAAGUUCAAUUUCUUCUGGGCAGCUGUUUACAAUAUGGUCGCCCUCCCGGUUGCUGCAGGGGUUUUAUACCCAAUCAACAGCGGAGGAGGUCGCAUCAGACUGGAUCCUGUAUGGGCGGCUUUGGCAAUGGCAUUAAGUAGUAUCAGUGUCGUAAUUAGCAGUCUAGUACUGCGUGUACCAGCACCUUUGAUCGGGUUCAGAGCGCCCAAGGAACAGGACAGAUCUGAGAGUUGA